GAGUCAGUCACAGCGCGCCUCUCCCGAGCAACGUGUCGUGUCGUUAAGUUAACUAGAGCAACACAGUCGUCCUAUCUCCUCAGCAAUAUCCCUCAGUAUCGCAGGGAUUCACCACCUUUAUCAGUCCAACAGCUUUAAAGUGUUGGAGCGCAGACUGUUUUCUUGGCGGAGUUCAGAGUCGCUUCAGCAGCGCAGCUCGGCGUCGCGAUGUCGGACAGAUUUUCAUGCGCUGAUUCGCCGAUUGGAAACUGACAGGCUAAUGCUGGUCGGAGUCGGACAGAGAUAGUUCAUCACACAUCCAGCAGCGAUAACAGGUGCUAUCAACGAUGGCUCGCCUCAUUCACAGGUUCCAGACCUUACUCCUUUCCCUGACCAUCAGCGUUCCCUCUCUACUUAGCUUCAGUGCAGUCAGUGCAGCCCCACAGGGUUGUGGCACCAAUGUGAACUCUCUCUACUUCAACCUAUGUGACCUCAGUGCCGUCUGGGGAAUCAUAUUGGAGGCAUUUGCCUCUGCCGGAGUGCUGGCCUCUCUGAUUCUCCUGAUGGUGCUCCUGGCCAGUUUACCCUUCUUGUCGGACAAAAAAAGGCGCAGCUCGGUAGGGCUGGACACCUUCUUUCUGAUCUGCACCUUGGGCCUUUUUGGCUUGACCUUUGCCUUCAUCGUGGGGAAGGACUUUUCCACGUGUGCCUCACGGCGCUUUCUGUUUGGGGUGCUGUUUGCCGGAUGCUUCUCUUGCCUCUUGAUGAAAGCCGUGAACCUCAACCUGCUGGCCAGGAGGGACUCUGGACCCAGAGGCUGGGUGCUAUGCCUGGGUGCUUUGGCGUUCUGGCUGGUGGAGGUGGUCAUCAACACAGAAUGGCUGAUUAUCACUAUAGUUCGGUAUCCCAAUAUCUCUGUUAAUGGCAGUGGAGUUCUUGUCUCUGCCGUGCCUUGCAACAUUGCCAACCAGGACUUUGUCAUGGCUUUGAUCUACGUUCUGAACCUCCUACUGGCCGUCCUCGUGGCACCUGUUCCAGUUCUGGCAGGCAAGCACAAGCGCUGGCACAAGGAUGCCAUCUUCAUCCUGAUCACAGGGCUGCUCUCUGUAGGUAUCUGGGUGGCUUGGAUCGUCAUGUACACCUAUGGGAACAAUAAAUAUGGUGGCGCAACAUGGGAUGACCCUACCCUGGCUAUAGCGCUGGUGGCCAACGCAUGGGUAUUUGUACUGCUCUACACAAUACCAGAGGUGUGCUUUCUGACUGAGGAGGACGAGGUGGAAUCAGGCUUUGGAGAGGACCUGUACCCCAGCCACGGAGUGGGUUAUGAGACCAUCUUGAAAGAGCAGAGCUCCCAGAGUAUAUUUAUGGAAAACAAGGCCUUCUCCAUGGACGAACCUAACCCAGGUAAUAAGCCAGUGUCUCCGUACAGCAACUACAACGGGCAGCUCCGCAGCUCUGUCUACCAGCCCACUGAGCUCGCCCUCAUUACCAAGGGAAUAGGAAGUCAGAUGGACUUGUCAUAUGAUACCGCGAUCCCACGAGCCUCCCUGGGCUCUCCCCACUCCCAGAGCAGCAGCAGCAGCAGCCCCUCAACACGGCCCGAAGACUCACCCCAUGGACAAAAACAUGUGACCAACGGUAACGGAUUGCAUUGGAAACCUCAGUGGUCAGGCUAACGGUGACCUCCUGCUUUGGACCUCUUCAAUAUUUUUCCUCAACAAACUUUCAUUCUACUUUUGCCUAUGGAUCGUUUCUCAUCCCAAAGAGAUUUAUAGCCUUAAUUUUGGAGUGGCCAAAUGUCCAUUUUGCCCAUUAAAGAGACAGCAUACAGGGACAUUCUGUAUGCCACUGAACAGGUAAAUCAACAAAGAAAAUCAGACCUGCAGCUGGACACAGGACAUGGAGCAUGCUCAUGCAGUAGCUAAGGGUUGCGUUAACUGGCGCUUUACUGUGGAUUAACAUACACAGAGGAGAAAAAAGUGGACAAGUGGAACUUGGCUUUCAUACUGCAUCAGCGUGUUAUCAGAUGCCCAAAUCUGAUACUGUUAAGAGGCUGAUUACCUCUUGUUCUUGUCUGCCUUACACAGCAAUAUUUAGGUAUAGUGAGAGCACAGGUAUGCAUGCACUAGCCUAGAGCUGUGCUAAUAUGAGCUAGCUUGCAGCGACAAUCACUUCUGUACAGAAAGUGCCGUACUGCUGUAUAAUUGGACAUGCCUAUUUAUAUAAUUCAGUUUCAUGUCUUUCUAUAUUGCUGUUAAGUUAAAUUGUGUUCAUGCAACACAUAUUUCACAAGUGUAUCACCCUUCUCUAAACACAUUGCAAAUUGCAUGCUUGUACUAUGUAAGUCUUGUACUAUGUAAAUUUCAGAUGAUGAACUGGAAUGAGUGAUUUAUAACUUUAAAUGUAUAUUCACAAAAUAAAAAUAUCUCAUAAUUAUCUCAUAAUUCAGUUUUAUCUUACUUAAUUUUCCCACUGCUGUGGCUUAGGUCAUAGUAGGGGUUGUGCAUAAAGGCUUCUGACCAGGUCAUGAAGAUAAAAUCACAAAACGAAAUGCAUGGGGUGGAAAAUUCCUGUCUGCCAUAGCUGGUACCCACCACAUUUACAUAGCCUCUGCAGAUAAAACACACCAACUCACCUGCGGGCUCAGUUCAGUCCAUCAGAGACAGCAAGUUCCAGGACUCAAGGGUUAUAUAAGGCAACCAUAACAUCGUUACAACUAUGAGUUCUAUGUUGUGUUCAUGGCUUUGUGUUUGUGGAUUUGCAGUGUAUGAAAAUUAUGUCCCCAGGAUAAUGGAAACUCAAAGCAAUGUUUUGAUGUUGUAGGCCUAAGGUCAUUCUUUGUAUCUGAAGGAUCUGUGGUCAGUUUUUAAUAAGAGGGUUAGGAAUGCAAGAACAACAUUAUUUUAAUGAUUUAAUAACUGAAAAUGUACAGAACCAAUUUUAAACUCAUCUCGUAAUUUUGGAUGCAUUGAAGAUUGUUUUAAGUAAAAAAAAAAAUUGAUUCUGUGGAUUGUGUAAAUUAUAGACUGAUGAAAUUUUCCUUUUGUCUCAAAAGUUCUGGAGAAAGUGACAAUAAAACAGCUUCUAGAUACCCUGGAUUUAAAAUUGUCUUAGAUUGGGACUGCCUUAGACUGUUUUAGAUUGUUUUGUUUUUUUUUAUCAUAUUUAUCCAAUAGAAAAACUGUGGUACCUAUUAGAAAGAGGCCAUCCUCAUGUACUCAUGAACUAAUGUUUCUUGUGGGGUUCCACAUGGGUCUGUCUUUGGCUUGUUUUUAUUUUCAUUAUACGUGCUCCUCCUGGGAAAUUAGUUGUUUUAAAAUAUCAUCAUUUUUAUGUUAAUGAUGCACAGCUUUAUCUCUCUGUAAACCAAAAUGAUUUCAGUGCAUUAAAAAAUCUAAUGGAAUGUG